AUGCGGUCGAAAUUGCUGCUCUUCCUGGCGAUUUCCCGCAUUCCCUCGGCCCGUUCGUUCUACGACGUUGACAGUGAUCAGGGAUGCAAUUGGUCGACAAGCAUGUACAUUUGUGUGUCAGCGCGAUUCAUUUGCGGCGGCUACUUGGCAAGCCCCGAACUGAAUAGGCUGAAUGUGACGGCGUAUCAGGUUAUUAGUCAUUACGAGUAUGUGAAACUGAGGUAUGGUGAUUUUUUGCCUCGAGGAGGGUAAGAUGGGACUUUCGUUAAAAUGAUGGCUUAAAACCGCCGUUUUCAACUUUUUUUGCUGUUUUUACGCGUUCAAGAGCUAGGCUACUUAUCAAUCCCACAAAACUAUAGCUCGUGCCUUUCUUUACACAUUCUACCGGGGAAAAAAUACAUUUUUUGGAAAAUAUUGUACUCCUCGGCGCAAAGUCCUGAGAAUUUCGCGAAUAAAUGUCCAUGCACUUUAUGAAAGUUCUAAUACAGUGGGGGGAGCUGAUCCAGCGACAAAAACGUACCACUUUGCAUCCAGGAAGCAUCAAAAAAUGUGCCAAAAUACCUCCCUCUCCAAGUGAAAAAAAAACUCAGAUUUCAAAAGCGCGCCCGCUCUCUUUGUGACGAAAAAGGGCGCGCCUUCAAAACGAAGUUUUUUUCACUUGGAGAGGGAAGCAUUUUGCCACAUUUUUUGAUACUUCCCGGAUGCAAAAUGGUAUUUUUUGCCACUGGAUCAGGUCCUCCACUGUAAAUUAGACAAGAAAUUUUACCCGGGCGGGGCUUUCAAAAUUUGCCAGACCAGAGCCGGGCUUGGAAAUUUGGGCCCGGGUUCGCGGCCCCGAUUGCAGCCAUGCUGACAGUGGCGGACUUGAUUCAGUGGCAAAAAACAUACCAUUUUGCAUCCGGGAAGUAUCAAAAAUGUGGCAAAAUACCUCCCUCUCCAAGUGAAAAGACUCCAAUUUCAAAAACGCUCCCCUCUUUUUUGUGAGGGAAAGCUCUUCGAAAAGGAGUUUUUCCACUUGGAGAGGGAGGUAUUUUGCUACAUUUUUGAUACUUCCUGGAUGCAAAAUGGUACGUUUUUCGCGCCUCAUGUCUGCUUUUGUUUUGUAAUUGUAAGCAUGGCUGCAAUCGAGGCCGCGAGCCCGGGCCCAAAUUACCAAGCCUGGACAGGGACUGGAAAAUUUAGAAAGCUCCGUCGGCCCGGGUAAAAUUAGACUUGUCUAAUGUACAGUGCAGGACCUGAUCCAGUGGCAAAAAAUACCAUUUUGCAUCCGGGAAGUAUCAAAAAAUGUGGCAAAAUGCUUCCCUCUCCAAGUGAAAAAAACUUCGUUUUGAAGGACGCGCCCUUUUUCCUCACAAAGAGAGCGGGCGCGCUUUUGAAAUCUGAGUUUUUUCCACUUGAGAGGGAGGUAUUUUGACAUAUUUUUGAUGCUUUCUGGAUGCAAAAUGGUAGGUUUUUGCCACUGAAACAGCUCCCCCACUGUAUCAGAAAGACAUGAGGGGCAAAAGACGUACCAUUUUGCAUCCAGGAAGUAUCAAAAAUGUAGCAAAAUACCUCCCUCUCCAAGUGAAAAAAACUCCUUUUUGAAGAGCACGCCACUUUCCCUCACAAAAAAGAGGGGGCGCGCUUUUCAAAAUGGAGUCUUUUCACUUGGAGAAAGAGGUAUUUUGUUGCGUUUUUGAUACUUCCCGGAUGCAAAAUGGUAUGUUUUUGCCACUGAAUCAAGUCCGCCACUGUCAGCAUGGCUGCAAUCGGGGCCGCGAGCCCGGACCCAAUUUUCCAAGCCCGGCUCUGGUCUGGCAAAUUUUGAAAGCCUGGCCCGGGUAAAAUUUCUUGUUUAAUUUAUUAGCAUUUUCAUAAAGUGCAUGGAGAUUUAUUCGCGAAAUUCUCAGGACUUUGCGCCGAGAAGUACAAUAUUUUCCAAAAAAAAUGUAUUUUUUCCCCGGUAGAAUGUGUAAAGAAAGGCACGAGCUAAAGUUUUCUGGGAUAGAUAAGUAGCCUAGAUCUUUUUCAUAAAGUGCAUGGACAUUUUCUCUCGCUUUCUUGCAUCUUGAAAUAAUCGAAAUCCAAACGUUUUUUCUUUCAGCGUCGUCCAAACCCGCAUCGACUCCGACUUUCGUAUUGCGAUUCCGCGCGUCGAAGAGGGCGAUAUCAUCCUCUCGAUUGAUGUGAAUUACUGUGCAGAAUACUUUCGACAAGUCGACUACACCAUCACCGCCGCCUUGAAAAGGCAUUACGAGUUUUUGUGGAGGCCAUUGGAGAUGGGCCACAUUCGAAUGGAGGACUUGGAAAUGGACGACUAUCCCACCAAUUUUUUCGACCAAAUCUUGGUCGAUUGGCGGUUUUAUUCGAUGGAAACGCGGGAAAGAACUCAUUACGACAAGGACGAGGCGUGGAGAAAAGUGUGGAAUAAUUUUCAACUUGAAAAGAUGGAGAAUUUCGAUACAUGA